ACUUUUGUUUUGUCUUCUGUUGUCAGAAUUCUGUGGUUGUCACCGAAGCGCUUCUUGUGGGGAUAAUCCGGCCAGGCCAGAUCCCGACAAGGCUAGAUCUUGAUCUGCUGUGGAAGAUUUCGAUUGCGUGUUGUUGGUGGAAAGUAGCAGGGCAAGGCGUGCGGCUGAACUAGGUCAAGUACAGGAAUCAUGUGUGGGUUCAGGUCAAUCUGACUGUUCGGCUUGUCUAUCGCAUCGGCCCAGUCAGCCGUCGGUCUGUGUGUCGGUGUAGAUCCUGUAUCCAGGUCGUGGGUUUGCGUUCGCUGUUGCAAGCAAGUAGUUUGUCCCUCGCCGGCUUCGCACACAUCUGUCUGCCUCAAAGCAUCACUUUAUUCGGAUUGAGAACUGUAUCGUCAGUGCGUUUGUUGUGCUGAUCUGGAAUUAAUAUUUUCUCUAACGGCCAAGGAUAUAAUCUAGAGAUCUACUUCCGUGGAAAGAUGGGUUCGUCUGACGUUCUCACUUUAGACUUGACUGUCUCCGACUCCAACUUCCAGGAUGAUGCAAAAAAAAUCCUACAGAAAAUAAGACCUGCUUGGGACCUUGACAGCGUCAAAUUUACAGUCCUAAGCAGUGCAGGCUGUGCUCCGUCCGUCUACUGUGUCUUCAACAACGGAAUGUCCUACGGAUUCUUCCCCGGCAAACCCCUGGACGAGAAGUCUGUUCGUGAGCCUGUCAUACGCAAACUGAUCGCGGAGGAGAUGGUGAAACUUCACAACGUGCGGGGGCGGUACGCUGAGUCGUUCGACGGACAAGUUCCCUCGCAGUACAAGGAGAGAACUCAGUCGUAUCUGGACGCGGCCCCGACGCGGUUCGACGACCCACAGAAACAGGCGCAAUUUGAGAAGUUGAUCCCGAGCAAAGAGCGACUGCAGCGAGAGCUGGAGGAACUGGUGGGCCAGCUGGAGGCGCUGGGCAUGAAGGCCGUCCUCUCGCACAACGACCUGCUGCUCAAGAACAUCAUCUACAACCAGAAGACCAACACGCUAAGGUUCAUCGACUACGAAUACGCCUUUUACAACUACGAGGCCUUUGACAUAGGCAACCAUUUUGCGGAGUACGCAGGGAUGGAUGAGGUGAAUUACGACCUUUACCCCGGCCGGGAGGAGCAGCUGACCUGGUUAAGACACUACCUGGAGACGAAGGCUAAGGUCGCGGGUGAGCCAGCGACGCGCGUCAGCGAGCGCGAUGUGGAGCGCCUCUACGUCCAGACCAACAAGUGUGCUUGUGCCGCUCACUUCUUCUGGGGAGUCUGGGCUCUCAUCCAGGCUGAGCACUCCACUAUAGACUUUGACUAUGUCGA